AUCAGUACUGUUUUAUUCUGACGAGUGGAAUCAUGUUUAAAACGUGUUUAGGGAUUGUUUUGCUGAUUUCUUGUGACGGAUUGCUUGCACAAAAUGUAAGCAAUUCGUUUAAUUGGGGAGUAGAGCAUUGUGGCUAUGCAUUAGGCUUGGUGAUGAAUAAGCUGAAUUUAUUAGACCACCACAUCAUCGAGAAAGAGGUUCAAAUGGAGAGUAAGCUAAACGAUUUGAGCUCUAAGAUUGAUAGUUUAAUGCAGCAAAAGUGCAAUACAACAACCCUUCCGGUGUUCAACAAGACCAAAGACGAUGUUUACAGCUCCUGUAGGAAGACACCCGCUACUGGAGUGUACACGAUACAGCCUGAAAAGCCAUUUAAAGAGCCAAUUACUGUGCUGUGCGAUCAAGAGUACGAAUCAGGCGGCUGGAUUGUGAUACAGCAUCGGUUUGACGGAUCGACAAACUUCUAUCGGAACUGGAAGGAGUACAAGAAUGGGUUCGGAAAUCUGGACGGAGAGUUUUGGCUGGGUUUGGAUCGUAUUUAUCAGUUGACUGUGUCGCAGCCAUAUGAGUUGGUUGUACUGCUGGAGGAUUUCGAUGGCAACAAAACGUUCGCCAGAUACGAUCAGUUUGAGAUAGCUGACGAGAACCAGAUGUACAUGCUUAGUAAAAUAGAAGGCUUCUCAGGACCUGCGGGUGAUUCCUUAGGGAAUGUGAAAGGGAUGAAGUUUUCCACUCUAGAUUCCGACAAUGAUACAUGGAAGGAUAGCUGUGCAGUGACCUACACAGGAGCCUGGUGGUAUAGCGCUUGCCACGCUAGCAAUCUGAAUGGGCAGUACUUGCGAGGCGAAACUACAGAAUAUGCAACAGGGAUGGUAUGGAAAACGUUCCGGGGAUACUAUCACUCACUAAAAAUGGCAAAAAUGAUGAUAAGGCCCAAAUGGCUGCGAGCUUGAGUGGGUAUAGCUACACAAAUGUGAACAAUGAUAAAUAGAAUGCUAAUAAAACUUACACGCAUGGAAUAAUA